GUAUCGCCAGUUUAGUUGAAACGGUAUACGCGAUAACGUACCAUCUUACAAAUUGCUAUUCUAUCGUAAUAAAUUUGUAUCGAGAAGCUUGUUAAAACAGAUAUUCGUUCGAGAUAUCUCGUCGUUUAACGUGUCUGCCGAUCGUUUGCAACCAUCUUAUUUUACACGGUAUCGGGCCCGUAAUUUUGCAUCUAUCCCUGCCGUCUGGUGGUACAAGCCAGGCCUUUCACGGAAAGGAAUAGAGCGACGAGGUGGUCGGUGAUUGGGACCGAACAGAAAAUAGUCUCCACGCUCUCGAACGCGUCUGGUUUCUUCUGGUUUUCUGGCUCUCCAGCUUCGCGAAAUUACGGGGACAGUACCGUGUAUGUACGUUUCUUUUAUCUUUCAUUCAAUCGUUUCCAUUCGUAAGACAGAAUCGACACAAUGCUGCCUGUCGCAUCGAGUUCGAAAGGAAAGAUAAAUGUGCUUGACAGCGAAAUUAGAAUACUCUUUCCCGAAAUCGUUCAGGGGAAGAUAAACACUGCAGAAUUUCUAGCUGCAGCACGCGGUAUCGUGAAAAUAAUAGAUAAACUUGGUAAAGUGUUUGCAGCCGUCAAGUAUGAUAUUCAAGGCAAUAUCGAUAAGCUCGCUGCUAGGUACGCGACAAAUAGAGAAAAAAAUGUAACCUUGCAAGACAUGAUUCUAAUUGAAACAGCUACUGAAACUAAUUUAGUUGCUAUGGAUGCUUUAUUGUGGUUAACUAGAGGGUUACAUAUGAUUUUAUUGUUUUUUGAAAAAAUUGUCGAAGAUACUAAAAUGGGUUCCCCGACGGAAGAUUUAGUAGCGUUCCUUAAAAAAUCCUAUAAAGAGACCCUGGAACCAUAUCACGGUUGGAUGGCGCAACAACUUUUUAAUCUUCUUUCACGCAUGGUUCCUACACGUUCACAAUUUUUGUCUGCACUAACUGCAAAUCAGCAAGCUGACAAACUCGACAUCGUAAUAAAUGACAUGGAAAUUUACCUGACAAAUUUGCGAAAAAAUGUGUCAGCAAUACAAUUAUUUUAUAAAACCCAUAACCUUGGAAAUUCAAGGUAAAAGAUGUUUGUUCUAGGUACAAAUAUUAUUAAAUCAAUCAACAUUAUUGUUUAUUAUAAAAAAAAUUCAUAUGUACAUACACACCACACCACACACACACACACACACACACACACACGCGCGCGGGCGCGCGUCAUUUGAAUCGCUUAGUGGAGAAUUCUUGACAGAUGCAUAAUUGUACAUAGAUAUAUUUACAUACUUAAACAUAUAUAAUAUGUUUAAAUUAACACCUGUUACACCUGUUAUAUAAUUGUGCCAAAUAAAAUAUUUUGGCACGUAAAUCCGCUAAAUUCCUUAAAGCAAUUGCCCCCGUAAUAAUUUCAAGGAAAAGAAGGCAAAUCAUGAAACAAUUGACAAUUAGAUUAUUAUGUAGAGAUAAUGUUUCAUAAUUGAAAACAAGGAACAUUUCUAAAGGGAAUUGUAUUAAUGUUGAAAUCAACCAACAAGCUGCCAGUUCUGGAAUCUGGCAAACAUAGUUUUUAUAUUACAAACAACCGACUAUUGUAAUGUAAUUAAAUGCAGUUACCUUUCCACCAAGAUUUCCAAGGUAUCCCAAAUAUAACUUGAGACUUUCGCAUACGGAAAGUAUUAGAAAUAUUAUUAACAUUAUGGCAUUAUAAAUAUCUGUUAUAUUACUGUACUGCAAAAAGUGGAAAUGAUCAAAUUAAUUGGAUGUACCGACAAUGACGUUAAGAAAAGUAAUUUUUUAUUCUACCAAAUAAAUAACAUUAUAUUUACUCGGAAAUCCAAGUUUACGAAGACUGUGAGUAACCAAAUUGGGAAAAACCAAAGAUUAAUGUGUAGAAUUAUUUGAAAUGGCAAACUGGAUUUUAUUUUGUUUCUUGUUAACCGUUCCAUUUUCGUUUAUUCGAGAAAUCAAUACCUCUGCCACUAAGGCAAACAACUAUUACAUUUUCACUUACAGUUCACUCACUACGCAGAAAAUUGUAUAGAAUUUUCACAUGUUUGGAGUGAAAUUUACUUGCCAUGUUGUCUUGGAAAUUGUUUUUAAUUACCUGACAAUUGAACGUAUAUGUAGAGAUACGUAAAUAGUAGAAAAAUAAUGAAUCAGGAUUACAGCACUCUCUACUGGAAGACGUCCAAACUAUUGGGUUAGUUAGCACAACACUACAGAUAAUUAAUAUUAUUUCGAUAGUUUUCAUCAAAAUUGUCGUUCUUUAGAUAGUUUUAUUGAAACAUUUAGUCAAAGAAAACGAUAUUUGUCAGUAUACGCGUACCCACUUGUACUUCAGUGAGACAUUACUUAGAAUUAUUAGUAAUUAGCUGAUGAACAACCCGUGGCGAUAGGAUGGUGAAAAAGUAUUCAAAAAGUAAACUAAAUUUAAGAUUCUCGCAGAAUACGUAUUAUUUAUAGGGUACUUGAUUAAGAAAAAACAAAUUAACAAAAUAAGUAUGCACAUUGUAAUCAUAUUUCUACAAGUAAUUCUUUAGAAUGAAUAA